AAAAGUACUCAAAAGUUGGAUUUUUGUGUUUUGUGUAAAGUGUAUCAAAGUACUACUUCGGUUGUGCAAAAAGUGGUGUUGGAGACAACCGGCGACCGGCGAGGAUUUGUACGCAUAAAAGACUAAACCACCAAUUCCAUCUAAAAACCAUUUAAAAAUGGAAAAACCACAACACCUGCCCGAAUGUCCUUCGGAUUUUUUUGACCCAAUGUCGGAGCACUACUACUCCCAAGCCAACUCCUUCGAACCAGGACCAAGUGGCAACAUCGGGGACUUGCACAAAUACAAAACCGAGGAAAAAAUAAAACUCUUCAUCGCCAAUAUACCGCGAGAACUCACCGAAAAAGGCUUGAGGAACAUCUUUCAAAGUUACGGCGAAGUUCUAGAAGCUUGUAUAAAAACCAACACAAAUUCCCGAUUUGGUUUUGUGGUUUACGAGCACCUGGACUGUGCAGCUGCUGCUAUACAUGGAUUACAUUUAAAAAAACCUUUUGACAUGGUAGUAAAAUUUUCUGAACAAAACCAGACAGCAAAACCAGUCGACGACGUGUCAAUUCCUGAAUUACCACCAAAGGUACCCGAACGCAAUUUACCAUCAAUAGUCUCCAACCAUACAUCAGCUUUUAUGAAAUCAAAAUUUUACCACCAAAAUGACCCUAAUUCUUAUAAUAAAUUUAUUACCAAGUUGGCCAAGGAUUUGAAGCCUAAAAAUUUGGGUAAAAGAAUUUUGGAGCACCAGAAAAAAAUUUCGGAGUUGAUGGAUGGUGAGAUUUCACAAACUUUUGAGUUUAACGGUUUGGAAAAGUAUAAUGAAUGUGAAAAUUGUCAAAAUCCAGGGAUUUAUAAGAAGGGGGAUGGAUUGUAUUUUUGUUCUUUGCAUUGUUAUGAAAAAAAAUCGAAGGAGGAAUAA